UAUCCUUUAAAUUUUAAUACAAACCAAUCCAUCAUCUUUUGUGUGUGUGUAUAUAUACACAUGCUAGCUUGUUCCAUUUACGCAUCCUUCAAUCCUAGUUGUUUACAUAUUAUACACUUUUGAAAAAUGGAGAUGAGGUUCUUGUUCAGCAGCUUGACUUUGGUGUUCAUGUUUGCUUUGGGUGAAGCAAUUGGUGAUGAAAUGAGAUGGAGCAGAAAGGAGAUGGUGGAGAUGGCUGGCUACGGCGAACACAAACUCUCCUCCGUUCUUGUGACCGCCUCUCUGCUCUCUUCUUCCUCCUCACCUAUUCCUGGUGCUACGGUUGGCAUCAAGUGCCACACUGGCUUUAGGAAGAGAUCCAAAUGGAUCAAAGAUGUCACAAAUGAGUUGGGGCAUUUCACCAUUGAUCUUCCUUCUCACCUCCAUGCAAUUCCUGACCUAGACAAGGCUUGUUCCAUCAAACUCUUCUCUGUUCCUAAACCAUAUCAAUGCUCUCCCACCAAGAGUCACAGAGGCAUUAAACUCGUUUCCUCAUCCAAUGGUUUGCGCGUUUACACAGCAGGCAACAUCGCCUUACAUAGAGCUCCAUGUAAAUAAAUAUUUUAAACUGACAUUGCUAGGAAGAUCAGUCCUGUAUUUUUCAUAUUUUCUAUAUGGUUCCUUCUCACUUAUUGAGAGAAAGAGAACUAGUCUGUAUAUAUAUAUAAUGUUUACUUCAUGA